AUCGUGCUCAUGCCAAUCCGGAAGAUAUGCCAAACAAUUGCUUUCGCACGAUAUCUCGGAUAACACAUGGGCCUAGGACCCUCAAAGCACCAUGUCUUGCAACUCUGAAACUCCAAAGCACAACAAGAAAUCAGCAGGUCCUUAGACUUGGCACAAGUCACACAGUACGCUCUCUCAACAUUCGACAUGUGGCAGUUGGCUCUCCAAGUACCGCUACUGCUCAGUCGAAGGAGCAAACUCUAGGCAUUCCACCAAGAUCGCCGCGCGGUCAAAAACUUAAAAAUUUACACAAAGACAUUGACUUCCAGGCGAUAGAUGUCGACGCCUGGCUUAACACAAUUCCACUACCACCAGACACAUAUUGGGACCGGUGGGGUUCGGUCCUAAGUCAGUCGGACAAGCCCGGUGUUCUCAGAGUUAAGAAGCUCCUUGGGCGUUGGCACGAAGAACUUGCGACCCUCUACAGGACACAAAGGCAUUCCGUUGAUAAACAGCGUGAGAUUGUUCAAUGCACUGGCCGCUUCCACAUGCCUCUUCUAGGAGAGCGAACAGUCUUGGCCUACGGAUAUACUCGAAAAGAGGCAAUCAACAACCUUUACCCUGUGUUGACCUCGACCAUGUACAAGAGUGGCGAGCUUGACACUGUUUUCGAGGGUACGGCGGCAUCGAGAAAACUCAUAGCGAUCUAUGAGCAGGCCGCCGAAUAUGGCCUGUAUCCGAGAUUCAAACUCAGCAUGUCGAAUGACCAGCCUGGAGCACACUAUCAGAUCACUCUGUCUGUGCCCGAAUGGAACGUCAAAGUCCUCGCCUCUGCGCCAAGAUACGUCGAGGCUCUGUCAGAAGCCAUCGACUCAUACCAAGAGAAGGUCAAGAAACGCGACGUCAAGCAGAAGAUCAGUCCAGACGUGACCGCUUCCAGGAUGAAAGACUUGAAAGCAGCCACGGCGUAUCAUGCUCUGAGUUAUAUCCUCCGAAAGUUGAACAUCAAGAAUCUUGGAAAGCAAUACGAUCAAUUAAAGACUGCUGGACCACAACACAAGUAUUCCAUCCGGAUAAAUGGGAAAUUGGCCAAUGCCGACGUGCCAAUGAUACGAAGGGAUGAUGCACCAAGACUGGCCUGGCUCACAGCAGCGGUGACGAUCUUGCAACGUUAUGGCUUCGACGCCAUGGAUGGGUUUUCGGAACAUUUUGUUGCAAACAAGCCGCCAAAGCCCGAACCGACGCGCCCACGCGUAAAGCCGGACACUCAAGCUGCUUCCCAAUUUCGUCCGAGCUUGCCUGAGCAAAGAGCAAUCGAUCAACCUGGCCAGGAUGCCGAUUCGAAGGACGGACAUCUGAUGGGACAUUUGUAUGGCAGUCUCAAGGAGGGAUUGGAGGAAGAUGCCGCCGAGGGAAUGUCAGAUGCUCAAGACAGAGGUAGCAGACAUGGUGUUCGCCACAGUUGGCAUAAGUAGUGGUCGUGUCGCAGUGAUACUGCUGCAUCAAGAGAAAAGACUGGUUUCAAGGCCUUGUUCACGCGACAAGUGUAGAUAGAGACAGAGCAGAGGCAAGAGAUCGUUUGUGAGCCGAAUUGGGUUUGAUAUACAUCAAAGGUAUCUAAGCGGGGACUCUGGCCCAGUGGAUAAUCAUGUCAUAAACAUUCCUCCGCCAUGAUGGUGAGGAGAAGGAACAAAAGGCGGGAUCAAUCGUGAAAAUAGAAAAUCUAGGUCGACUUGGAGGUCUUGUCCUUGGCAGCCUGGUCGAGGGGACCGGUGGGGUUGCUGCUGAGGCCGUCCUUCUGGUUGUCCGAGGCCUGCUUGGAGCCCUCGUUGGGCUCGGCGCCCUGCUGGUUGGGGUUGCCGGCGGUAGGGGCGGCUUGCUGCUUGGAGCUCUGGUUCUCGGGCUCGGGGGACUGACGGCCGGCG